AAGCGGUUGGAUGCUGCCAGUUGCAGUCGAACACCCGCGCAGGAUGGAGCACAUUUGGUUACUUCUUUUGGUGGUUGCAAUCAUAGGUCUGGCGAAGGGAUUAGAUGUUGAGGGCAACAGUACCGUUAGCUCAGCUGGUUUCGGUUACGAGUUGACCGUGACUGGGUUAGAUGCUGUGAAUUAUAACAUGCAAAAAGAUCACCUUCGAUCCAAAGAAUACCAUCAGAUUAUCGUCGCCGAAAUUGAAGAUCUCCGGAAACUGGUGGCGAAUACGGAAGCUUUGGUUAUGAAACAGAAUAAUAUAUUGAAUAACAUUGAGAUGCAGAUGAAAAAAGUUAUUAGGAAUGCCGAAAUAAUAGAAGAGAUUCCCAUAAUGAAGAAUCAACUUGAAAUGCUGGCAUAUAACAUCACUCGAAUCCUGAGCGAUACAAGCAAGAUUAAUCGCGCUCAGCAAACCCUUGCCACAACGGAAAUGUUGAACGACUUCUUAUUGCAACAAAUGGGAGACUCGAUACGAACUAAGGCAACUAAGUCAUCAUUUACGAGAAUGGUGACACUCGAAGCUACGCAACUACCGCAGUCUUGCUUGGAUGUUGGUUCCCCUCGAUCCGGCAUCCAUCGAAUUCACCCCCAGCCGGGCUUCAAGGAAUCGUUCGAGGUUUAUUGCGAUCAAACAUAUCUGGACGGUGGUUGGACUGUGAUUCAAAAUCGUUUCGACGGGUCGGUAAAUUUUUACCGUGGUUGGAAUGAGUACGAGCACGGGUUCGGUAAUCUACGUGACGGGGAGUUUUGGCUUGGACUAAGUAAAAUCCACGAACUUACAUAUUCCAAGAAGCAUGAACUCCACAUAGUGAUGGAGGAUUUCGAUGGUAAAACCGUCGUGGCCAAGUACAGUAACAUGCAGGUAGGUGGUCCCGAGGAAAAGUACAUUCUUAAUAGUUUAGGAACGUACAGUGGAGAUGCUGGGGAUUCACUCAGCUAUGCGGUUACGCGGAAGUUCACCACUUUGGAUUCGGAUAACGAUGCACAUUCUCCCGAUAACUGUGCGGUGCAGUACAAAAGCGGCUGGUGGAUGGCAGCGUGCCACGAGAGUAAUCUGAAUGGGUUGUACCUGAAAGGAAAACGUGAGGAGUUUGCCACAAUGAUGUGCUGGAAGGCGUUCCGGGGAUAUAACUACGGCCUCAAACGCUCGCGAAUGAUGAUUCGUCCCGUUAGCUAGUAAAUACUAAUUUAUACAAGCACAUCUUUUCAUUCAUAUGGAAUCAAGUUCAAAUAAUACAUUGUAAGCAUACAGUUUAAUAUUAUAUGACGCAAUCUCAGCCCAGAGAGUAAUGAAACUCAUUACGCCGACAUACAAAACUAAUGACUGUAACUGAAGAACGCCCACUGUGAAAACGGGUAGUGUGGUAAGUGAUA